AUGUACAACUCUCAUCGCGGGAUGGUGCCUAAUGCACCCAACACUCGCUUGAACGAGCUCCUGGACUCAAUCCGGGCCGAGUUUGAUAAUCAAGUGGGGAGGGCAGGAGAGUAUGAGGUGCAAAUUACAAAUCAGAUGAACGAAAUGGAUAUGGUAAGACAGAAGCUAUAUCAGCUGGAACAACAACACGCAGUCAUGAAGCAAAAGUAUGAAGAGGACGUGGCCCGCCUUAGAGCAGAACUCGACGCACGCGGUGGCCCGGUCCACUCUUCUCACGUUGCGGGAGCCCCUCCACACACCGGUCCUGCGCAAGCACCACCGCCCGCUAUCGGCCAUGGGCCGAGUAAUCUGUUUGGCGGUAUCAUGACCGGACAAGGUGGGCAAGGCGGACCUGGCCUAGCGCCGCCUCCGCAGGAGCUCCCGCCCCAGCCCCAUCCGAUGGUUGGAGCACCGCCUGGUCUUCCCCAAGCUGGGCCUCAACCGCAACAGCCACCUUUUCCCGGAUAUCCGGCUCCCUCUGCGAAUGGAUAUACGCAGCCACCUCCACCAACUUCCUCUCCCGGACCCGGCAAAGGUCCCCGACCUGUUCGAGGCCCGCCUGGACCUGCGACUCCUCAGCAAGCUCCUUACCCUGAUCCGCGGGCAUCUCCUCAGAUCGCACGUCCCACGCCUCCUCCGCCCCCGCCGCAGCCGCCAAUUGGUAAUGUGGGCAACACCCUUGCGGAUUUGGACAUUGACCGGUUACCUCCGUCGCAAAAGAGGGAAGGUACCGACUGGUUUGCCGUCUUUAACCCUCGAAUUCCCCGCGUCCUGGAUGUCGAUCUCGUUCACACUCUCUCUCAUGAGAGUGUUGUGUGCUGUGUGAGGUUCAGCCAUGACGGAAAAUAUGUGGCAACAGGAUGCAACAGAUCGGCACAAAUUUUCGAUGUGACCACUGGAAAACUUGUCUCUCAUCUUCAGGACGACUCUGUUGAUAAGGAUGGAGACCUUUAUAUUCGCAGCGUCUGCUUUAGCCCUGACGGAAGAUAUCUUGCAACGGGCGCUGAAGAUCGACAGAUUAGGGUCUGGGACAUCCAAAAUCGCACAAUUAAGCACACCUUCACUGGCCACGAGCAGGACAUCUACUCUCUGGACUUUGCUCGUAAUGGCCGUCUCAUUGCUUCCGGAAGCGGUGACCGAACUGUUCGCCUCUGGGAUCUCGAUGCCGGCCACCAAUUGAUGGUACUCAGUAUUGAGGAUGGCGUGACUACCGUUGCCAUUUCCCCCGAUGCUCGUUAUGUUGCGGCUGGCUCACUGGACAAGAGCGUUCGAGUUUGGGAUGCUACGAGCGGCUAUCUGGUUGAACGACUUGAGGGCGCUGAGGGCCACAAGGAUAGCGUUUACUCGGUAGCGUUUGCGCCGAACGGCAGAGAUUUGGUCAGUGGAAGUCUGGAUAAGACGAUCAAGAUGUGGGAGUUGACCCCGCCGCGAGGAAUGCUGCCCGGCACUGGUCCCAAGGGCGGCAAAUGUGUAAGGACAUUCGAAGGUCACAAGGACUUUGUCUUGAGUGUGGCCUUGACCCCUGAUGGCGCAUGGGUUUUGAGCGGAUCGAAGGAUCGAGGUGUUCAAUUCUGGGAUCCUAGAACGGGUAACACGCAGCUGAUGCUUCAGGGACAUAAAAACUCGGUUAUUUCGGUUGCUCCCAGUCCAAUGGGAAAUCUCUUCGCCACUGGAAGUGGAGACAUGCGUGCCCGUAUCUGGAGGUAUGUAUCAGUACCUACACCGAGAUCCCAAUUUUUUCCGCCUUCGUUGGUGUAA